AGCUCGAGGGUUGGCAGAUGGAGAAGCUGCCCGACUUUCUCAAGUGGUACAGCCUGCAGAAACAGAUGAAAGGAGAUGACGACAGAAAGAUGAGCGAAGAUGAAGGUGAAGAUGAGAAGAAGAGAGUUGAGAUCCCCGCGGCCCCCUGGGACCACCCUGGCCCCUUCGUCUGGUGGAGACUUCAUCACAAGUACGACGUCAUGAGACAGUGGAAGGAGGAGCAGGUUCGGAAGCAACGUGAACAGUGGGUGCGGGAGGUCAAGGAGAAGAUGGAGAAGUUCCAGCAGUUCGAGAAGUUCCAGGCCGCCAUGGAGGAACACAGGCAGAAGGCAGAGAAUAUGAAGAAGCUCCAGGGAGUGCUUAGACUCCAUGCUCAGGUCCACAAAGAGCAGGAGUUCGCAGAGAUGAUGAGGACCUUUACCCAGAAGAAGAAGCAGUACGUGUUCACCGUCGUGUAUGAACUAAUGAAGUUCUGCAAGUGCAGCGAGUCUAUCAUGGAUCUCCAACGCUUCUUCAACCCCGACAGCGUGCGCAACAUGAACGAGGUGCACAGCAACAACACUGACGUAAUGAACAUCGACGAACACCUGGCCUUCCCACACCCAAGGACACAAGAGGAGGCCAAGAAAAUGUUCAUGAAGGGGCUUGUGAAGACGCUGUGUGUGAGCGCCAAGGAGUACGUGCAUCACGUGAGGAUGUUCGCCGCCCAUCACCUUGCUCAUCACUUCGCCAUGGAGACCAUGGGAGACAUGCAGACAGCGGGCAACACGGGCGACAUGCAGCCAAUGGGAGACAUAAUGUCUGAUGAUAAAUCUGGAAAUUACGGCUUUUAGAUGCCGAGACUCACAGAGACGUGAAGCACGUGUACAUGAAGAUCAGUUACGUAAGAUGCGAAGCGCACACACGUGAAGCACAGUUACGUGAAACACCGAGACGUGAAGCACAGUGACCUCGUUUAUUAUCGCCAAAUAGUAGACUGCACCUGUGUCGUAAAUCGUAACUAUGCACAUCUGCUCAACAAUGUUAUUGUAUCGGUCAAUAAAAUGUUAAAACGGU